AUGGCGGAAGCGUGGAAAAAACUCAAGGACAAAGUUAAGGACAAACGAACAAAAACCACAAAAACAGGUUUACAGGAGACCCAAAGACGUCCAAAAGGAGAAGAAUUGACUGUUCAGCGUCAGAAAGCACAGAAAUAUACUCGCAUGGGACCUCGAGAGUUUGUGCCAUUUCCCGAGAAAUUGGAAUUCAAUAUUGGCAACAUUAAAAGUGCUUGUCUGAAGAAUUUUGCACCAACCAUUGGGAGUGAUGUCGUUUGUGAUAUUCUCGCGGGAGAACAAGGACCGUCCUGUAAGUGCCAUAACCAAAUUCCUGAUUUAAAGGUUAUUCACGUUCGAUUUUUGCCUGACACAAGCGCUCAUGUCCCUGAUGUCAACAAAGUUGGUACAAAGAAAAGAAAGGCAAUUGACAGCCUGAUCGACAGUGGCGCGUUCGACGUUGACGAUUGGGAGCCGCCUAAACCCAGUAUAGCAUCUCAUCUUGAAACCAAGUCUAGUCCAAACAAAUUCCGAAAGCCUGGAGACACCGUGUCUGCUGAUUUUUCCUCCCAAAGCAAGCAUAUUCCGAAAAGUUUGUCAAUAUCGGACAUGAUAAAACUAGGUAAAGUAAACAAGUUGACUGCGACAACCUUGGUCAAAUUGUAUCAGUUUGAUAUGGAAAUGCUUGCCUGGUCGAAGAUUCAUACAGAAGUAGAAUUCUUGGUAGAGAAACAGCCUUUGGGCUCUGGAGGCUUCAGGAAAGCAUUUAAAGCAACAUCAAGGCACAAAGAUUUUGCUGGCACAAGCUGGGUUAUCAAGCAUUAUCUUCCUCAGGCUCUAAAAUGCAUAGCAGAUACGGGACAAACAGUGGAAGACCAUAACCGCAAGGUUGUCCAGAUGCACCUACUUGCAAGGAAUUUUGCAAUGCAGCUAAAGGAUCAUGUUACUAAAAGUAAAUGA